AUGGCCAAGGAAACGAUUAGGGUUGUUCUGUGCGGUGAUAAUGGUGUCGGAAAAUCAACUUUGAUCGCAUCUCUGGCGAAGGAUCGAUUCAUACCCAAUUUACAAGAAGUUCUGCCUCUUGUUACAAUCCCAAGGGACUUUUCGUCAAGCCCUUACUCGCCUAAGAACACAAUUCUCGUGGAUACCAGUAAUAACGAUCCAGCUGAACUGCAAAGAGAAUUGAAGAGCGCUGAUGUCAUUUGGCUGGUCUACAGUGAUCAUGAAUCGUAUGAGCGAGUGUCACUUUACUGGAUGAUGACAUUCAGAUCACUUGGGCUGAAUAUACCUGUUAUAUUAUGCAAAAACAAGUGCGAUGAGUAUGAAGAUUCUACCAGUCUUACAGAGUUAGAUACGCAGGAUACCAGAACGGAAGACGAAGAGUUUAUCCCAAUUUUGAUGGAAUUCAAGGAAGUGGAUACCUGUAUUAAGACAAGUGCGAGGACUCAUUUUAAUGUAAAUCAGGUGUUUUAUUUAUGCCAGAGAUCCAUAACGCAUCCAAUAGCGCCAUUAUUUGACGCACGCGUGGGAGAACUGAAGCCUUUAGUUAUUCUUGCUUUAAAAAGAAUAUUCUUCCUCUGCGAUAAUGACCAGGACGACUGUUUGAACGACGAUGAACUCUACGCCUUACAGAAAAAAUGUUUCGAUAGAAGCAUCGACGUCAAUGAAUUGAGAUUCAUUAAACAAACGCUAUCGGACAUAUCAGGACCAUCACAAGAAUAUGCCGGUUGUAACUUAUACAUACCAAAUAAAGGGCUGACGAAGUACGGAUUUCUUGUUUUGAACAAGAUAUAUGCGGAAAAGGGGAGACAUGAAACUACUUGGGGGAUACUGAGAGCAUUCCAGUAUACAGAUUCACUUUCAAUACAGGAUAAAGUGCUUUUUCCAAAGCUAAAUGUUCCAGAAACUUGUAGUAUAGAGUUGAGCCCGAAAGGCUACAGAUUCCUGGUAGAUCUUUUUUUGAGAUUUGAUCGAGAUAAUGAUGGAGGGUUGAAUGACAAAGAGUUGAACAUAUUGUUCAAAAGUACUCCAGGUGUACCGAAACUAUGGUCCGCAACUAACUUUCCGUACUCCACAGUUGUAAGCAAUAGAGGGUUCAUAACUUUGCAAGGGUGGUUGGCUCAGUGGAGUAUGACAACCUUUUUGGACUACAAGAUCACUACUGCAUAUCUAAUUUAUUUCGGCUUUCAGGAAGACGCUCGCCUGUUAUUGCAAAUAACAAAGUCUAGAAAAAUGAGAAGGAGGAUUGGAAGACUGUACAGGUCGCCAGUGACAGAUCGCAAAGUCUUCAAUUGUUUUAUCCUUGGGAAGCCUAAGAGCGGAAAAAGUGCUCUAUUGGAGUCGUUUCUGGGACGAUCAUUCAGCGACCUCUACUCUCCCACACUGAGACCUCAAAUUGCAGUUAACAGCUUAGAGUUAAAAGGAGGCAAGCAAUAUUAUUUAAUUAUGCAGGAGCUGGGUGAACAAGAAAGUGUUAUUCUCGAGAAUAAGGACAAAUUAAAAAGUUGCGACGUCCUAUGUUUAACGUAUGAUUCAAGUGAUCCUGAAUCCUUCUCCUACUUAGUGGAGCUCUUCGAAAAAUACCAUUACCUAAUGGAUUCACCAGUUAUUUUUGUUGCGUUGAAAGCUGAUCUUGAUAAAGUGCAACAGAGAUGUCAUAUCCAACCCGAUGAGUUUACAGAACAGCUGAAUCUGAGCCAUCCUUUGCAUAUAUCAUCCACAUGGCUUACCUCUUUGAAUGAACUGUGUAUGAAACUUACAGAAGCAGCACUUUUUCCCGGAAAACAUACACCAGGAUUCCCACAAGAAACAGAUACCCAAAACGCUGAUUACAGGCAAACCGCUAUGGUUGUCGCAUCUGCGGUGGGCUUUGUAGCAUUACUAAGCUUCACGCUGGUGAAGGUUAUGAGACCUUCAAAGUAUUCGGAUUAG